AUGUUAGGCCUUAGAGCGCUAGGGCGGUCUAUGAUGUCGAUGAGGCCCAGCACGGCUUCGAUUCCAGCUGUAGGUGCCCUCAGUAGCAUGCAAACGUUUUUUGGGCCUGUUAUAUUCAAGCGUGACAAACAUGAGUACGCUCCUCGAUUCAAGCAAAUCAGAAAGGCGUUCAAAGGAAGGGUUUCUGUCAACACUGGAGGCUCUAUCAAGGGCAACAGUCUUGAGUUCGGCAAAUACGGCUUGAGACUAAAGUCUAAUGGAAUACGAAUGAAGGCCAUCCAGCUUCAGGAAGCAGACAAGGUCAUUCGUCGUGAGAUUCGACCAUCGAAUGGAAAACUCAUUACUCGGUUUGUGUGUAACACUCCGGUGUGUGUCAAGGGUAAUCAGACAAGAAUGGGUAAGGGUAAGGGAGCAUUUGAUCACUGGGCUUGUAGAGUGACAACUGGUAAAGUAUUGUUCGAGAUAGACGGCAAUGUCCACGAAGUCGUUGCCAAAGAAGCUUUGCGUAAAGCAGCCGAUAAACUUCCUGGGCUCUUUGAGAUCAUUAACAAGGAUUCUCCCGUGCGAGUCAGUGUUACCCACUGUAUAGAGAAGCCUGAAAAGGUGGAUUAUGUGGAGAAACUCAACCAGAAUCCUACGAAAAAAUGGGCCAAUUUGCAAAAGUCCAAAGAUCCACUCUACCGCAUGUACCGUGGACGCUAA